CUCUGACACCAAACUUUUCAGAUUUUCCUUUCUUGUGGCUGGGGGAGGGUUGAAAGUCUUAUCCUUCACAGACAGACAAGAAGCAAAACUGAGAAAAGCUUCGAUGUCUGUAGUAGCAACUAACAUGAAUACGAUUAAUCACUUGUCCUCCACAACUUGUAAACUCCCAAAUCUCCAAACACCCAUUCGCUUCGAUCGUAAACCCUUUUCAUAUUCUCUCACUCCUCUGCUUCCAAAAACCCUAAAUGGCUUCUCUUACUCUUCAUCCGUUAGUCGCAGAUCCAGAUUCAUUAUUCCUAAGCGGCGACGACUCUCUGUUUCAAUGGAGUGGCAAGACUGCUCAGUGAAGAUGGAAGUAGAUGUUCCUGUAUCCGUAGCGUAUAAUUUCUACUUGGAUCGUGAAUCUUUUCCUAAAUGGAUGCCUUUUAUUUCAUCCGUGGAGGUGUUAAAAGACAAGCCUGAUCUUUCACGUUGGUCACUCAAGUACAAUGCUUUUGGUCAAGACAUCAAGUAUUCUUGGCUUGCUCGGAAUCUACAGCCUACUCUUAAUCAGAAGAUUCAUUGGAGAUCUCUUGAAGGUCUUCCUAAUAAAGGCAGUGUUCGGUUCUUCCCUAAAGGUCCUUCAUCGUGCAUCGUAGAACUAACUGUAUCAUAUGAAGUCCCUGCGCUAUUAACCCCCGUGGCAUCGGCGCUACGGCCUUUUUUAGAAAGAUUGCUUAGAGGUGGACUUGAAAGAUUUGCAACCAUGGCCAAAACCAUGUAAACAAGGAAUCAUUAUGCAUCUUUCUCUUGGUACAUACAUAUAUGAUCUGGAAACUCUACCAAAUCCCGUGAUUAGAGCUUCUCUACUGUGACUUUUGUAUGAUUAAAGUAACAAUCUUUCUUUCUCUAAUAAUUACACAAAUUCUUGUUUAGGUUA